UUAUGCAACUUCCAAAACACCAACCACACAACGCCAGUUUCCCUCUAGUCAUGAUGAAUUUUCUCUCCAGGUCUUUUGACAUUUAUCUAGACUAUAAUAAACUACUCUUUUGCGAAUUUAGCCGUAUGUAUCUCACCAAGCCUCAACACAACACCAUCAAUUUCCAUUUCCAUCACCGUCUAAUCACCAAUUCUAUUCAAAUUUACAAAAUCCGUUCCCUCAACAUUUUGAAAACAACCCAAUCAAUCCGUCGCCAAUUCAGCAAAGUUAUGAAUAUCCAAACAAUGCGAAUACUUUUGAAAAUUUUAUAGGCCCAUAUACAAAUCCAGCACCAACCCAGCAACAUCAAUUUCCGUCCAAUCACGAAAAGUAUUCCCUUCAGGUUUUUUAUUUUGGAUAUAUUC